GUAUACGUAUUCACGCUGAGACCCAGGUUAUUAUUCGACGUCGACUCGGCCGUCCCUGGGCGUAAUAAUCUGGCAGACUUUUGGCUUUUGGGUUUUUUCACUACCUCGACUUUCGCUCACUUGUAAGAUCCUUAUUGUGCAAGCCGUCGGGACGGACCAGUUGUUUCCCCGUUUGAUAUCGCCAGGACCGGACGCCCAUUCGCCAACUUUCUCCUUAAACCUGGGGGCAGGAUAUCCCUCAUUUUCUUUGCUAUACCCCAUCAGACGACCUAACGAUAUCCCUGUUCUUGGUUAUACCUCGCUUUCAGCCGGUGUGAAGCGCCAUCGUCAGCGAGCUUCUGCUCCCAAACAGUGCGAUGAUGACGGCCAAUAUAGGCCACAUGAAUUCCUUCGAAGGCUCCUCCCGGUCCGCCUCUUCUUCUCCGACAUCCCCAACCGCGUCAUAUCACAGCUAUGCAAACGGGUCUGCCAUCAACAAUGCGCGUUCAGUUCAGAAUUCGUCUCGACCAGGGACGCCAUCGUCAUCUAGUAACGGUCCUUCGCUUGAACCCCCUCCAGGAACCCCAUUCUCAGAAUUCAUCCGCCAAUGGUCCGAUGCGCACGUCGCACGUUGGUUGGCCGACAUCAAAUGUGAGCGCCAUGCCUCCACAUUCAGGGAUAAUGAUAUUCGGGGAGACGUUUUGCUGGAACUGGAUCAAUCGACUCUGAAGGAGAUGGGUGUAUCGAGCAUAGGGGACCGCCUGAGAAUUCUCAAUGCAGUGAAGUCACUGAGACAGAAGUCCUCCUCGCGGUCCUCCUUGUUCGUCUCCCAUCCUCAAGGCACUCAGCUAUCUCGCAGCAACUCUCUCAAUGGCAUGGACGGCACCGGGCAUUCCAGAAAUGAUUCUAUAUCUCCUACUUCUCGCUUGGCGACAAGGCGGCUCGAGGCCGGUCGGCCUGCCCCCCUGCAAUUACCCGCAAAUUCCGUCCGUAAGGAUCUGCCUCAGAUAAUCCGUGACCCACAACCACCACCGGAUUCAGCCAAGUCAACUGCACCACUCAGACCUCUUCCCCGCCCUGGUGACUCUGGUGCUGCGACCACCACGUCGGGCACCGGUAAUGCCCCCCUUUCAUCUUCGCGUCCAAACAUGCCUCCCCUUCCUCCUGCGCCGCGUGGCCAACCCCCGUUGCCUCCACCACCCGGCCGUGCCAAUCCUCGUAGCCUUCCUGGACGUAAGACCCCCACGCAGCAGAGUGAUGUUCCCUCCUAUGUGAAUCAACCUCUCCCACCUGCACCGCAAAAUCAGAGCUUGUUAACUCCUGCUACCGCGGCAUCUCAGUCAUCUGGAUGGGGUGGCGGAGGCAGCUACGGCUUACCAUCCGACCCACGGCCAGGCAAUUUGGGUGGCAAGACCCCGACGAGGUCUACGUCUCCUUUACCGCCGCCUAAUGCUUCUAGCCGUAGCCAGAGUCGCUCUCCUAACCCUGGUCAUGGGAGGAACUCGUCUGUUACUGGUAGCGGGGGGAAUGCAUCUUCUUCACGGUCAUCCGGAAGCGGUACUCAUCCUUACGCGUCUUCCCAAGGUCAAGCACUUCCACUUCCGGCUUCGCAGCUUGCACAUAAUCUUUCACCCAUCGCGGAGUCUUUCGUAUCUCAUGUCAGCUCGACGUCGUCAAGCACGCCGUCGCCACCUACUGCGCCCUUCACUGUCGGGCGGGGCCCUUUCAACCGGCCGCAUACCCCGUCCCAUACUGCUGCACCCUCAUUAGAUGAUCUGAGGAGGAAACUGGUGAAGUUCAACAUUGCGGACGGGAACUAUGCUCGUACCGUAGAUGUAUCCGAUUGCGCAGGGGGAGUGGAAGUCCUCGAGAAGGCCCUCAAGAAGUUCGGGAAGCUUGGCCCUAGGAAAGAGGGUGACAGUAUUAUGGAUCACGUGGAGUCGGAGGAUGGCGGCUUGGUCCUCGAUGGGUGGGGUGUGUUCCUUGACUGGGGCCGCCAGGACGAUGAGACAGCGAAACCCUUGUCGGAGGCUGCUCUGUUGUCGAUAUGCCAUGCUGACCCCGAUGACCCCGCCCGUCAGCGUGGACUCUCUGUGCGUCGGACGGGCAAAGGGAAGCGAUCCAAACAUUUAGCGAACAUUUUGGGUGAGCAAGCGUCGCAAAGCAGCCCGACUAGCCCGCUCUUUGGAAGUAUCAAGGUUUCCGUGGACGAGGAGAACGGUGACGGCAAGUCGUCCCCAUCGAACGCCAAAUCCCUGGCUGCGGAGCAGCAACGGGCUGUGAACUACAAACGCGCCAGCUCUGUCAGUGUUCUGAGCGGCCUCGGAGUGCCUGACCCGGAGAAGGUCCUGGAUCCUCCACCUUCGCCAUCGAGCGGUGGGAAGAAGCCAUCAACCCCGAACGGGACCAACAAGAAGACGCCUUCGAAAUUGCGAAACUUUUUUGGACAGCGACCUCCCAGCGAGCUCAUUACGAGCCACUUGCCGGAGUACUUCCCUUUCACGGAGAAGAAGGUCCUGCAACGCACGGCGAGGAAUAGUAUGCUUCGUGCAAAUGGAUCCUGGAAUGCAUUGGGAAGACGGGACAGUGCUGCGUCAUUGGCCGCUCAACCCAAUUCUCGGUUCAGUGUCAGUACAAUAGGCUCGCAACGACGGUCCAUUUCUCCAUCAAGGGCUUCCAUCUCCUCUCCUCCACCUCCCGUACCAGAGAAGACAUCCGAGUAUCUAAGUGCAUUGCAAACACCCAAGCAAGAAAAUCCCCCUCGCUUGUCCCUCUCCACUGAGGAUGGACAGUCUAUCGAUAUCCCAGCGGAAGAACAAGAUGUUGGCUCUAAGCGGGACUCGAAGCCACAUCUGCUACCUCCGGUGACAUUCCCUUCAGAGUCACUAUCAGAGUCUAUGGAAAGUCUGACUUCACCCGGCUUGCGCUCCGAGUCAAUGUCGCGAACUAUGUCAAGAGCCUCGAAGCGGAUGAGCUACAUUACGGAACUGCGGAGUAAGAGGGAUGUAUCUGACACAGCUAGCAUGAUGACCGUGGACGAGAUCACAGCGGAAGUCGAGAAUAGGAGGAUAAGCAAAUCUCUUGGGGCUGGAGGCUCCGAUGAUUGGACCCAAGUGGGCUCCGGUGAUAGCGAUGAAGAGUCUAGUGAAACUGAGGUCGGAGUUGAGAUUGAGAAAGCCGAGGAAAUGGAAAAAGAUUCAGAAGAAGAGGACGAAGAGGAGUUAGAAGAAGAAGUGGAAGAAGAAGUAGACGUGGAUGAGGCAGGGAAAGCAGUUACAUCGAACGGAGUCAAGCGAAUAAAAUGGAUCAAAGGCGCCCUCAUCGGUGCUGGGUCGUUUGGCAAGGUGUACCUGGGGAUGGACGCAUCUAGUGGCACGCUCAUGGCAGUCAAACAAGUGGAACUUCCCAAGAGUUCUGGCCCUAAUGAGCAGCGAAAACGAAGCAUGCUGGACGCAUUGGACCGGGAGAUUGAACUUCUUAAGACCCUGCAGCACGAAAACAUUGUCCAAUAUCUCGACUCAUCGGCUGACGAUGAACAUUUGAACAUCUUCCUGGAGUACGUUCCGGGUGGUUCAGUUGCUGCUUUGCUUCGCGAGUACGGAUCGUUCGAGGAGAUUUUGGUUAAGAAAUUCGUCACCCAAAUUCUUCAGGGUCUGAACUACCUGCACGAAAGAGACAUCGUGCAUAGGGAUAUUAAAGGAGCUAAUAUCCUCGUUGACAACAAAGGCGGCGUUAAGAUAUCCGAUUUCGGUAUUUCGAAGAAGGUUCAAGACAACCUCUUCAAUAAUGGUCGUGGCCCACGGAUAUCUCUACAGGGGUCAGUCUUCUGGAUGGCACCGGAGGUUGUCAAACAGUCGGCACAUACUAUCAAAGCCGAUGUCUGGAGCCUUGGCUGUUUGAUCGUCGAGAUGCUAACCGGCGAGCAUCCUUUCCCUCAACUCAAUCAAAUGCAAGCUAUAUUUAAGAUUGGACAAUCCGCGAAGCCUUCCAUCCCACCAGACAUCUCGGCAGAAGCGGAAGACUUCCUGCAACGCACGUUCGAGCUCAAUCACGAGGCUCGGCCGACAGCUGGAAUGCUGCUCGAGCAUCCAUGGAUAGCACAAAAGUCGUCCAGCAAAUCGGCUUCAUGACCCUCUCUCUACUUCGUUUGUUCGGGCUUCCGUCGUUUCUUACGGACUGGACUGUCGCAACUUAUUAUCCUCGGUAUGUAUGUUUGUAGAUGUCGUGUCCAUACUUUACAUUGUAUCAUAGAGUGCAACCACCUAGUCAUAAUUCAAUCCUAUGACUCCUGCAGAUCUCUUUUGCGCUUUGUACCCGAGCUUGCUUUAGUACCUGGGCCCCAGUUUGCAGUCGGGUUCUGCUGAUACCGUACCAAUUUGACCUUGGCCGAGGGCGUAACCGAAAGAGGGUGGCGCUUGAAGUUGGCUUCAAAGCUCGGUUCCUUCGCAAGUAGUUGAUGUGCAGGAGACUUUUCCGAGACGUUUUCCAUCUUGACGGGAUGUGUCUUUAUCCAGGAACGGAAGACAUCAUGGACAUCUCGACGACUGGCGGACGUCUUCAAGGAGCCUGCGCAGGCGUGUGAUCUUGACACGCUAUGGCCUGCAUGGAGCAGCGCAGAUGCAACAUCGUCUAGUGAAGGACAGGUGCAAUGGAAGAAGCUAGAUAUCUUCGCAGGAGUAAAAUAGAACGGAAACGUUAAUUCCUCCUUCGCCACGGUUAGCAUGCCCCUCAUCCGAGUAGACGUGCCAUAAUGAUCUGCAUCGGCUUCUAAGUGUUCAAGCACCUUCCCGACAAAUUCUGGAUCAUGUAGAGGGCCCGACCACAUCGGACCCGCCACAUGCAAAACUGAAUUGCACUCUGUGCAUCUCUCCGGUACCGUAGGACCUGCAUGGGUCUUGAAAAGCAAGUUAACGUUGCCAGA